AUGAAACCAAAAAUAGCCAUGCUUGUGACAGAUGUCGAAAAAGACACUUAUAGUCACCCGGGGAGUAAACGUGGUUAUGUCGAGACUAUUGAUGAUAGGUUAAGUAAGAUUGAACAUGUACUUACAAAAUAUUUGGAGGGUGCAGAUAAUCAAGUACAGAUUACAGAUGCGGAUAAAGUGGAAAAUGAUUCAGAAAUAAUUUUACCAACCCAUGAUCUAGUCAACAUGGCUUCAAAACUUGAAGAGGAAGGAAAACUUGACCCAGAUAAAAUAUGUGAAACGAUGUCUUCAUUAAAAUUAACAAAAUCAUCCACCAUUUAUCUUACGAUCACAAAAGAACCCAAUUUCCUGAAAUCAUUAAAGGACAAAAAUAAUCCUCCUUCAAUAUUACUAUUAAAUUCGAUAUUUGCCGUGGCGAGUAUAUUUUCAGAUGAUCCGAGAACAAGGGGAGAUCCUGAUAAACCGGAAACGGUAGGAGACUUAUUCUUUGAACGUGCACGAGAUCUCCUUGAUGAUUUUAUGGAUAGGCCACGACUAUCAACCAUACAGGCACUUCAUUUUCUUGCACAAUUUUGCGUCAAAUCCAGUCGAUACUCAUGUCGAAUAUGGAUGUACCUUGGCAUGGCAAUGUCAAUGGCAAGAGACUUGAGCCUGAAUCGAGAUUGCUAUAAAUGGGAUAUUGGAAAAGCGGAGAAAGCUGUUCGAAAUAGAGUUUUUUGGGCGACUUAUGUUGGAGAAGUGGUAGCGUGUGCAUCAUUUGGCAAAAGUUUACCUGUUUAUGAUUUUGACGUACGAUUACCUUAUGAACUUGACGAUGAUGGAGAUGACGCGCUGGAUGUCAUCAAUUUUAUGCACCUAUGUAAAUUAUCAAAAAUACUUGGGAAUAUUCUUCAGUCGAAACCAUAUUUCUCAAAACCAGGAUUCCUACGAAACACAUUGCCUGCCAUCGAUGCAGCUCUAAGUUCGUGGCUCUUGGGUUUACCAUCACACCUACAGUGCACACUACCGGCAAACGUGGAUCCGGAACCUGCCUCAAUGACACCAUUUGCCUCAUUUAUACACCAAAUGUAUAAUACCAUCCUAAUACAUCUUCAUCGACCAUAUAUGGAUUCCAAAGAAUUUCCGAAUAUUGAUUCCCGUCAAAUAUGCAUCCAAGCCGCCACCAACAUCACAAAGCUUGCGAUCUGCAUGCCAAUCAACAGGCAUGGGAUUUACUUUAGCUUUAGCAUGACUGGAUAUUUUCUAUCGCAGGCGGGCAUAAUACAUCAAACCUUAAUCCCGGAACCAGAAUCGAGCCAUCACGGAAUAAAAAACAUGGAACAAACGAUGAAAGUCUUGAAAUCACUUGGAGGGGAAACACGAGUAGGGGGUGGAAAUUGUGGCGUUGAUGAUUGUCUGAAAAUGCUGGAUGCUCUUUUUAGGGCGCAGCUCGCAAAAUUGGAAGAAAAUCGAGCGGUACGUGCUGCCGCCCGGAAAAAUUGGAAUGAGCGUGGUGUGGGCGGCGAAGGAGGCGGUAGUAGGGGCAGCACUGAUUUUGAGAGUAAAAAUAAUAAAAUUAAGAAAAAAAUGAGCGAAAAUUUCGGAAAUGAUAGAAGAAAAACUCAAGCUAAAACAAUUCCAACGCCGCCUUCAUCAAUUCAACAGGACUUUGAAGUAUCAAGUAAUCCACCAGCUUUUAUUAAAGCAGAAUCAUUACCCGAUCAGCAAUUAACUGGUAACAUUAGUGUUGGUCAAUCUUCGGUAUCUGUCACUUUGCCAAAAUCACCUCCGCCUCAACAGGCUCUUCACAAUAACAGCCAUUCGACUCCUCAACCUCCUAUUGUUCCUUCAUCCGAAACUUAUUACACGAAUGGCAUUCAUAAUGUUGCGAAUUAUGCCGCUAAUAAUGAUCAUCAUCAGAAUACCAACAAUCAAAUUUACAAUAUGAAUUGGACGAUGGAUGGUUACACAGAACAUUAUCAUCAUUCGAAUAAUUCACAGACAACAGUUCCAAAUGCUGGGUCUGAUGUUUCGGCAUCGGGUAAUGUUCAAAAUAGAUCACGACAUUCUUCCACAGCUAGUAAUGACUCGAUGUUUCGUAUGCAUCGUGAUCAAUUAAACACGCAUUAUUCAACAUAUUCAAUGAGUAACGAACAGAAUCCUCCCGCGAUUUUAAUAAAUCAUGAUCAUAUAAUUAACGAGGAAAUGCAUACUGGUGAAGAGGAUAGGGCAAGUCAGCAACAACAACAACAAACAGUUUUACUUCGAAACCAACAACAAAUGGCAACUGCUGACCCAUUGGUAAUAGAAACAAGUCAUAUGCAAGAAGAACAACUACAAAAUAGCUCCUGGAAUCAGUGGCCAUGA